GUCAAAUGGUGAAUAGCAAAGCAGGAGCGGUAGUGUGAAUAUUUUUUAAUAAAUAUGUCUUUUUACUUGCUAUUCUACAAUCAUAGGUAAUCACCACACCUAGCCUCGGGCCUGAGCACAUUCGCAGACGGGAGCCAACAUCGUCACCGCACAAAGAUGAAUCCGAAAGACAAGGACACGAAAAUACUUCAAGACAUGUUGAAAGUAUUCUUCAAAAAGGGAGGAACGGCGCCGCUGCCGGCGCGCAGCGAGCUGGUGGUGUCGGCGGAGCUGGAGCGCGAGCUGGGCGCGGAGGCGCCGCUGCACCGCCGGCUGCGCGCCAUGAAGGAGCUCGGCGAGAAGGCGCUCGUCAUCCGCAUCUCGGAGGGUUCAGUGAAAAAGCUGUGGUCCUGCACCAGAGACCUCCUGGAUGACCCGAACGCAGAGAACAGGCACGCAGCGCUGGCGUUCCUGCGCUGCCUGGCGGAGGGGCAGGCGGACGAGCUGCUGAUCAUGCGCACCAUCCUGUUCCACUACCUGCGCGACACGCACGCCGCGCACGCGCCCGAGGACGCGCCGCUGCGCUUCAAGCUGCUGCACACGCUCACAAACACGGGAAAAAAUAUCAAAUGCUUUGAAGAACUGAUAGGAGCAUUCCUCUUGGAAUGGCUGCCACAGAUCCAGAAUCCGACACAAAUUGUGGAGUUCCUCCAGCUCAUAAUCAACGUGGUCAAGUUUAAUGCCACAUACCUUGAUGAAGAAAUUGUACAUGGAAUUGUCAACAACGCGUGCUACCUGUGCUCGUACUCGGCGGAGGCGAGCGUGGUGCUGUGCGGGCUGUCGCUGCUGGAGGCGGUGGUGUCGUACUCGCUGCUGCCGCGCGCCGCGCUGGCCGCCUUCGUGGCCGCGCUCUGCCGCACCGUCAACCUCGAGCACUACUGCCAGAGCAGUUGGAAGCUAAUGCGCAGCGUACUGGGCGCCGACAUCGGGCACGCCACGCUGCAGGAGCUGGUGGAAGUCCUGAACAACGCGGGCGAGCCCGGGGGAGGGGCGGGCGGGGGGGACGCGGGGCUGGUGCGCGGCGCCGUGUUCUACAUCAGCAUGGCGCUGUGGGGCCCGCGCCGCGUGCACGCGCUGCACAUCUCCUACCUGGCCGUGCUGCCCGCCUUCCUCAAGGCGCUAGAGAUCCAGCAGCCCGUAGUGACGUACGAGGUGCUGCUCGCCAUCCAGAGCCUCGUGACGCGCGCGCCGCAGGAGCUGCACGAGCCCGCCUGGGACUCCGUGCUGCACAUCAUCCGGCGCGUGCUGGAGCAGGACAUGACGUACGAGGUGCUGCUCGCCAUCCAGAGCCUCGUGACGCGCGCGCCGCAGGAGCUGCACGAGCCCGCCUGGGACUCCGUGCUGCACAUCAUCCGGCGCGUGCUGGAGCAGGACAUGACGUACGAGGUGCUGCUCGCCAUCCAGAGCCUCGUGACGCGCGCGCCGCAGGAGCUGCACGAGCCCGCCUGGGACUCCGUGCUGCACAUCAUCCGGCGCGUGCUGGAGCAGGACAUGACGUACGAGGUGCUGCUCGCCAUCCAGAGCCUCGUGACGCGCGCGCCGCAGGAGCUGCACGAGCCCGCCUGGGACUCCGUGCUGCACAUCAUCCGGCGCGUGCUGGAGCAGGACAUGACGUACGAGGUGCUGCUCGCCAUCCAGAGCCUCGUGACGCGCGCGCCGCAGGAGCUGCACGAGCCCGCCUGGGACUCCGUGCUGCACAUCAUCCGGCGCGUGCUGGAGCAGGACAUGACGUACGAGGUGCUGCUCGCCAUCCAGAGCCUCGUGACGCGCGCGCCGCAGGAGCUGCACGAGCCCGCCUGGGACUCCGUGCUGCACAUCAUCCGGCGCGUGCUGGAGCAGGACAAAAUGUUCGAGCCGCCCAACGAGCUGAUCCACACGUGCGCGCACGCGCUGCUGACGGCGCUGGAGCAGCUGCAGGACGGCGGCCACUACUGCGGCGACCACGACGCGCUGCUGGACCUCGUCGACUACUGCGGACACGACCGCCCGGAAGCGUCGGCGAUGCGGAUGAUCACGGCGCGCGCGGCGGCGCUGAGCGCGGUGGGCCCGGCGGGCGCGGCCGCGGCGCUGGCGCUGGCCGAGCGCUACCUGCGCCGCGAGCCGCGCACCGCGCUGCGCCUGCACACGCUCGCCGCGCUGCUCGCCUUCGUCAAGCGCGACAGGUACGAUCACGGCGCGGCGCUGGCGCUGGCCGAGCGCUACCUGCGCCGCGAGCCGCGCACCGCGCUGCGCCUGCACACGCUCGCCGCGCUGCUCGCCUUCGUCAAGCGCGACAGGUACGAUCACGGCGCGGCGCUGGCGCUGGCCGAGCGCUACCUGCGCCGCGAGCCGCGCACCGCGCUGCGCCUGCACACGCUCGCCGCGCUGCUCGCCUUCGUCAAGCGCGACAGGUACGAUCACGGCGCGGCGCUGGCGCUGGCCGAGCGCUACCUGCGCCGCGAGCCGCGCACCGCGCUGCGCCUGCACACGCUCGCCGCGCUGCUCGCCUUCGUCAAGCGCGACAGGCUGGUGUACGGCUCGGAGCUGGUGGAGCGCGUGGGCGUGCCGGUGCUGAGCGCGUGCGCACAAGACGCGGAGCCCGCCGUCCGCGCGAGCGCCGCGCGCGCGCUGGCCGACCUGGCGCGCCUGUCGCCGGCCGACUGCACCGACCUCAUCGACCUGCUCGAGCGCAUCCUCAACCGGCCCUUCACGAUAUACGAGGGGAGCGCGGGGCUGGCGGCGGGCGCGGAGACGAGCGACUGCAGUCUGGCGGCGGCGGGGCUGCUGCGGCUGCUGCACGACAAGCUGCCGGCCGCGCCCGCGCCCGCCGCGCGCGCGCUGCUCGUGCUGCUCGACCACCUCGACCAGCACUACAAGCGCCCCGCCGUCUUCCAGCACCACCCCGAGAUCCGACUCAAGAUUCUCGAAAUGGUGUUCGGACUGCGAGCGAACGCAUUCAACUGCGUGGGCUUCUGCUACGACGCGGCCGGCAACCCGGUGCACGGCGCCGCGGCCGCGCGCGUCCGGCCGCUGUGCUCGCCGCUGCUGCAGUGCGAGCCGCUGUGCACGCGCGCCAUGGCGCCGCCGCAGCGCGACCUGCCGCCCGGCGCUUGCGCUGUGGGCGCGGGGCGCGCCGCGCGCGCGCUGACGUCAGCACUGACGCGCGAGUGCGAGUGGUUCGUGCUGGGCGCCGUGCUGCGCGCGCUGCCGCACCUGCUGCACGCGCGCGCGCUGGCGCUGGGCCGCCGCGCGCACGACCUCGACCUGCUCGCCGCCACGCUCUGCGCCAUGUGCGAGUGGUUCGUGCUGGGCGCCGUGCUGCGCGCGCUGCCGCACCUGCUGCACGCGCGCGCGCUGGCGCUGGGCCGCCGCGCGCACGACCUCGACCUGCUCGCCGCCACGCUCUGCGCCAUGUGCGAGUGGUUCGUGCUGGGCGCCGUGCUGCGCGCGCUGCCGCACCUGCUGCACGCGCGCGCGCUGGCGCUGGGCCGCCGCGCGCACGACCUCGACCUGCUCGCCGCCACGCUCUGCGCCAUGGUGUCGGACCGCAGCCUGUACUUCCCGGAGUGCGUGCGCACGGGCGGCGCGGGCGGCGGCAAGCUGCUGCUGUCCGAGUUCCACUGCGCGACGCUGCCGGCGCUGGCCGCGCUGGCGCCCUACCACACCUGCCUCGAGCCGCAGACGCAGCAGCGCAUCGUGCGCUGCCUGCUCAAAUAUGGAAUGGGUGAGCCGCACACUUGUAUGCCGGCGCUGGCCGCGCUGGCGCCCUACCACACCUGCCUCGAGCCGCAGACGCAGCAGCGCAUCGUGCGCUGCCUGCUCAAAUAUGGAAUGGGUGAGCCGCACACUUGUAUGCCGGCGCUGGCCGCGCUGGCGCCCUACCACACCUGCCUCGAGCCGCAGACGCAGCAGCGCAUCGUGCGCUGCCUGCUCAAAUAUGGAAUGGGUGAGCCGCACACUUGUAUGCCGGCGCUGGCCGCGCUGGCGCCCUACCACACCUGCCUCGAGCCGCAGACGCAGCAGCGCAUCGUGCGCUGCCUGCUCAAAUAUGGAAUGGGUGAGCCGCACACUUGUAUGCCGGCGCUGGCCGCGCUGGCGCCCUACCACACCUGCCUCGAGCCGCAGACGCAGCAGCGCAUCGUGCGCUGCCUGCUCAAAUAUGGAAUGGUGCUGCGCACACCACAGCCCUACAUCAACGCGCUGACGAUCUUCACGCUGGAGAUGCGCGAGACGAUGGUGAAGAUGCUGCCCGAGGUGCUGCUGGACCUGUCCAAGAUCUCCGACACCAAGACCAUCGCCAGCCCCAUGCUGGAGUUCCUGUCCACGCUGACGCGGCUCCCACGUGUGUUCGCGUCGUUCGUGGAGGACCAGUACAUGUCGGUGUUCGCGAUCCUGCUGCCCUACACCAACCCCUCGCGCUACAACCACUACGUGGUGUCGCUGGCGCACCACGUCAUCGCCGCCUGGUUCCUCAAGUGCCGCCUCUCCUACCGCCGCAACUUCGUGCGGUUCAUCGUCCACGUGAGUCCCACGCCCACCAGCUCAGGCGCACCACGUCAUCGCCGCCUGGUUCCUCAAGUGCCGCCUCUCCUACCGCCGCAACGAGUGCGGUUCAUCGUCCACGCGCACCACGUCAUCGCCGCCUGGUUCCUCAAGUGCCGCCUCUCCUACCGCCGCAACUUCGUGCGGUUCAUCGUCCACGGCCUACACAACUACAUCAUAAUGCCGUUCGAGGAGCAGUUGCAGUACAAGUCAAACAAUUUCCAACAGAACGCAAACGAGGACUCUUCUAAUCGACAGAGGAGUUCCAGUUUGGGUUCCAAGGCAGUAUCGCGCGUACCGAUGGGCGGGCGCGGCGGGAGCGCCUCGGCCGCCUUCCACGUCGAGCUCACCGAGACCUGCGUGGACCUCCUCGCGCGCUACACGUCCUCCCCUUGCAGCGUCAAGCCGCGAGGUACCACCGCCCACUCUCACACACACACACAGCGCGUCGGCCGCCUUCCACGUCGAGCUCACCGAGACCUGCGUGGACCUCCUCGCGCGCUACACGUCCUCCCCUUGCAGCGUCAAGCCGCAGAGGUACCACCGCCCACUCUCACACACACACACAGCGCGUCGGCCGCCUUCCACGUCGAGCUCACCGAGACCUGCGUGGACCUCCUCGCGCGCUACACGUCCUCCCCUUGCAGCGUCAAGCCGCAGAGGAGUGACCUAGCGGAGUUCCUGUUCACGGGCGGCCAGUCCAUGACGUGGCUGGUGGGCCACAAGCUCAUCACCAUCACCACGUCGGGCUGCCUGCAGAACUCCAUCAAGCAGGGGCUGUGUGACAGAUGUGCAGUACUAUGCAAACAGCAUUCAGAAAGCGUCGCGGCCGCGACGGAACAGCAAGACCAAUCUCAGACACAACAGAACGCGCACGCUGCCGCGGUGCAGGUGCAAGUCAGUGACAGCGCCGGCGACAGCAACGGCGCCCUGCAGCCCGAAGUCAAGCGCUACAGCAAGCACUCGCUGCAGCACUCGCGCUCCACCGAGACCUCCAGCUCGUCGCUGUCCAUCUCCGAGCCGCUGCAGCCGCCGUCCAGCGGACACACCACCAGACAAAACUCUUCGGAGAACAACAAGACGAUGGACUACGUGGCGGACGUAUUCAACCAGUUCACACAGCGGUUCGAAAGGAUAUCCAAAGAAGUUGACACGGAAGACCCGAACUGGUCGCGCGUGGGCGGCGUGGCAAGCACGGCGUGCCCGUGCUGGUGCGCCAACUGGGCCGAGGUGCACGUGCGCGCGCCCACCGGGGACCUCUCCUUCGUGCUGCGCGUGCAGAACCAGCUGAACUGGGACCACAUGCUGGAGUGGCCGCUAGAAGAAGUGGCGGCGCUACUUUCACCCGAGCCGCCGCCGCCCUCGUCGGCUUCCAGCGGCAUCGGCGACUCGCGCCUCGACCAUGGCUCGGAGAGCGACCUGCGCUCGCGCAGCGGCUCGGCGUCGUCGCACUCGCGCCCGCACGCCAGCCCGCACCCCGACCUGCACAAGUCCAGCUCGGACUCGGUGGUGGCGAGCGAGAAGAAGCCGCCGCACGCCGCCUCGCACUGCAUCGUGCCGCCGCAGCCGCCGCAGCCGCUCAGGAUGAGCACGCAGCCCAUCAACAUCCCGGGCUCGCCGCAGCGCCAGUCGUCGUCCAGCACCACCGACGACGACGACAUGCUGCUCAUCAUCCCCGAGGGCAAGUCGCGGCACCCGGUGCGGCGCUCCAACUCGUCGCCCGAGAUGUCGUCGUCGUGGAAGGCGGGCGAGCGCGCGCCCGAGCCCGACGACAUGAUCCUGCUGCCCAGCGAGCCCGCGAGCACGGCGGUAUCGCUGCACGCGUGCAAGAAGGCGGCCAAGAAGAGCGACAUGCGCGUGUCCUGCGAGGCCAUCCCCGAGGAGAUGUCGGGCACCUCGCCGCUCGCGCCCGCCGCGCACCCGCUGCUGCUCACGUACAACUCCGACCCUGGUGAGUCCCUCCCGCUCGCAGCGAGCCCGGCAGCGUGCGAGCCGCCCGAGCAGAUGUCGGGCACCUCGCCGCUCGCGCCCGCCGCGCACCCGCUGCUGCUCACGUACAACUCCGACCCUGGUGAGUCCCUCCCGCUCGCAGCGAGCCCGGCAGCGUGCGAGCCGCCCCGAGGAGACGUCGGGCACCUCGCCGCUCGCGCCCGCCGCGCACCCGCUGCUGCUCACGUACAACUCCGACCCUGCGAGCCCGGCAGCGUGCGAGCCGCCCCGAGGAGACGUCGGGCACCUCGCCGCUCGCGCCCGCCGCGCACCCGCUGCUGCUCACGUACAACUCCGACCCUGGUGAGUCCCUCCCGCUCGCAGCGAGCCCGGCAGCGUGCGAGCCGCCCCGAGGAGACGUCGGGCACCUCGCCGCUCGCGCCCGCCGCGCACCCGCUGCUGCUCACGUACAACUCCGACCCUGGUGAGUCCCUCCCGCUCGCAGCGAGCCCGGCAGCGUGCGAGCCGCCCCGAGGAGACGUCGGGCACCUCGCCGCUCGCGCCCGCCGCGCACCCGCUGCUGCUCACGUACAACUCCGACCCUGCGAGCCCGGCAGCGUGCGAGCCGCCCCGAGGAGACGUCGGGCACCUCGCCGCUCGCGCCCGCCGCGCACCCGCUGCUGCUCACGUACAACUCCGACCCUGGUGAGUCCCUCCCGCUCGCAGCGAGCCCGGCAGCGUGCGAGCCGCCCCGAGGAGACGUCGGGCACCUCGCCGCUCGCGCCCGCCGCGCACCCGCUGCUGCUCACGUACAACUCCGACCCUGGUGAGUCCCUCCCGCUCGCAGCGAGCCCGGCAGCGUGCGAGCCGCCCGAGCAGAUGUCGGGCACCUCGCCGCUCGCGCCCGCCGCGCACCCGCUGCUGCUCACGUACAACUCCGACCCUGUCCCUCCCGCUCGCAGCGAGCCCGGCAGCGUGCGAGCCGCCCCGAGGAGACGUCGGGCACCUCGCCGCUCGCGCCCGCCGCGCACCCGCUGCUGCUCACGUACAACUCCGACCCUGGUGAGUCCCUCCCGCUCGCAGCGAGCCCGGCAGCGUGCGAGCCGCCCCGAGGAGACGUCGGGCACCUCGCCGCUCGCGCCCGCCGCGCACCCGCUGCUGCUCACGUACAACUCCGACCCUGGUGAGUCCCUCCCGCUCGCAGCGAGCCCGGCAGCGUGCGAGCCGCCCGAGCAGAUGUCGGGCACCUCGCCGCUCGCGCCCGCCGCGCACCCGCUGCUGCUCACGUACAACUCCGACCCUGGUGAGUCCCUCCCGCUCGCAGCGAGCCCGGCAGCGUGCGAGCCGCCCCGAGGAGACCGAGCCCGGCAGCGUGCGAGCCGCCCCGAGGAGACGUCGGGCACCUCGCCGCUCGCGCCCGCCGCGCACCCGCUGCUGCUCACGUACAACUCCGACCCUGGUGAGUCCCUCCCGCUCGCAGCGAGCCCGGCAGCGUGCGAGCCGCCCGAGCAGAUGUCGGGCACCUCGCCGCUCGCGCCCGCCGCGCACCCGCUGCUGCUCACGUACAACUCCGACCCUGGUGAGUCCCUCCCGCUCGCAGCGAGCCCGGCAGCGUGCGAGCCGCCCCGAGGAGACCGAGCCCGGCAGCGUGCGAGCCGCCCCGAGGAGAUGUCGGGCACCUCGCCGCUCGCGCCCGCCGCGCACCCGCUGCUGCUCACGUACAACUCCGACCCUGGUGAGUCCCUCCCGCUCGCAGCGAGCCCGGCAGCGUGCGAGCCGCCCGAGCAGAUGUCGGGCACCUCGCCGCUCGCGCCCGCCGCGCACCCGCUGCUGCUCACGUACAACUCCGACCCUGGUGAGUCCCUCCCGCUCGCAGCGAGCCCGGCAGCCUCCGGCGGGCCCGGGCCCAGCGCCGGGCCCGCGGGCCACAGCGCCGACCUGCCGCCACUCGCGCGUUCCAAGCGCUCGCACACCAUCUCCGUCAUGAGUCCUACCAGGAGGCACCGGGAGAACCCCGUGUCGCGUCCCGGUAGCGGCGCGGGCGCGGGCGCGGGCGCGGGCGCGGCGGCGGGCGCGGUGGGCGGCGGCGGCGGCGGGGUCACGCCGGCCUUCGUGUUCCUGCAGCUGUACCACAACAUGAGCACCUACCCCAUCACGCCGCCGGUGCCCGGCGAGGCGCCGACGAUCUCCAACCCGCUGAACGAGCGGCCGCUGCGCGUGUCGGGGGCGCAGCACGAGCGCACCAUCAAGAACCUCGACCUCGUGCCGCCCGUCGAGACCUACAAGGUCGGAGUUUUAUACGUCGGCCCCGGCCAACAUGACAACGAAGUAUUAAUAUUGAAGAAUGAAUAUGGCAGCGUAAGAUACGCGGAGUUCCUGUCUGCGCUGGGCACGCUGGUGUCGCUGGCGGCGGGCGAGGAGCAGCCGCACCUGUUCCUCAACCUCGAGAAGGGCGGCAAGGACGGCCACUACACCUACGUCUGGCACGACGACAUCAUGCAGGUGCUGUUCCACGUGGCGACGGCGAUGCCGACCCUGGCCAAGGACCCCAACUGCAACGAGAAGCGCAAGUACAUCGGCAACGACUACGUGUCCAUCGUCUACAACGACUCCGGACAGGAGUUCAACAUCUCCACCAUCAAGGGCCAGCUGAACUUCUGCAUCGUGGUGGUGGAGCCGUACGAGCACGGGCUCAACCGCGUGUUCAUCAAGAGCAAGGACGAGCGCGUGCGCGGCACGUUCCUGGCGCACGCCGACACGCACGUCGUGUCCGACUGCAACGUGGCGCUGCUGGCGCGCCAGCUCGCGCUGCACGCGCACCUGGCGGCGCAGAUCUCGCAGUCGCUGACGCUGGGCGGCGCGGCGUACGCGUCCAACUCGCUGGAGCGCCUGCGCGUCAUCAAGCGCCUGCGCCGCCGCCUCGAGGCCGAGCGCCUGGCCGCCGCCGCGCGCCCGCCCGCGCCCUACGCGCCCGCGCCGCCGCCCGACCAGGCGCUGCGCGUCGCCGUCGACGACUUCAACGCCUACGCCUAGGAGCCCCGCGUCGGCUCCGUCGCCGCCCCGCCCUGCUCGAAGUCGCGAUGGCGAUGGAACACCGACACUUUGAUUGAGACGAUUUUGAGCCGUAAAAAAAGUCGCCUCCGGCUUCUUGUCGUCGAGUGCGCGGGACGUGUCGGUCGCGCGGGGCGGGCGGCGUCCGCUUCCGAUCGGAACCGAAAAUGUGUCCACGACUUUACGUCGACGUAAACGCGGGCGUGCAAACAUUUUCGGGUCCGACCGCGCGCGGGAGCGGUCCCGCGUUACGAAGAUAAUGUUAUAAUAAUGUAUGUACUCGUAAUGGUAUGUAAAAAUUAACUUAGCACAAAACGGUGUGUGCUAUGCGACAAAAUUAAUGAUUCUCACAUGUAUUUCGCCGCCCGCGUGAAUUAUUUUAGGAUAGUCUCGAUAAACUGUUGAGACGGAAGGUGUGAAAUUUAUUAUCUAUAGGCAAAAAUGAACUGUAUUUCGAGCUAAAUCCGAUUAACUGAUAAGGUCCUGGAAAUCACAUUUUUUUUGUAGGUCAAAGGACCGAUUCUGAUUCACGAAAUGUUAACGAUAGCCUUGACGAUUGGAAGUCGUGCAUGCGUAAUUUUAUUACACCUAAAUUUAGGUUUUCCCUUUUUGUAAAAGUUCAGAAUCGGCCCUGCGCCUGCACGAAGCCACUCGCACCGCGUCGUCGCACCGGCGCGCUGCCCCGCCGCGUGUUUAUGUGAUGGUUGACAGCUUGCAUUGCACGACUUGCAAUUUAUAGAAUUAGAAGGGUUUAGGUACUCGCCCCGCCAGAUGUAACUGUAAGAUGGAGCGGCCUGCAGCGCGCCGCUAGUGUAAUUUUAUGUAUGGUAAAUAUUUCAUGGUGACUUUCGUCAAAGUUGGCCCGACUGAUGUUCCAAAGAUUAGUAAAGCGAGCCGGAUAUGAGUGUUAAUUUUUUAAUUUGAGCAAUAUUUUGAAAGGCUGCGCGCAGACUGAUCUGAAUACGUUUUUUCUUGAUCUUGGCAAUAAAUAAGUGAGUCUUUGUUGGAGUCCAUCGCACUUUGUAUUUCUGUUUGAUUGUUCAAGAAAAUACGGAUACUACCGAAACUAUAGACGGAAGCGGCUUUGGCCUAACUUUAGCCCUUAAGUGGAGCAAUCAGCGUUCUGUUCACAAAGAAAUCUGUAAAGUGAAAGCUCUUCACGUGUAUAGUUUAGCUAGCAUCGACGCCCGUUUAAUCACUAAAUCCCUGAAACAAAACCACUUCGAAGCAAAGAUCUUCGCGGCGUCUGCGCGCAGCCGAGGCAGCUAGCGCAAGCCAGUCGGUGAGCACUCCGUGACGUCAUCAACGCAACCGUCCCGUCCGGGCGACGCUUCGCGGCGGCAGCGUACCGUUGGUUCAUUUCAAAACUCGCAGCGUCCCGAGCGGCUCCGGCGCGAGCUGCGCGACGGUGGUAUAGUAUUUUGUUAUAAUAAACACAAGCUUUAACCGUAGUGCACCGCCGCCGCGCCCUCCCCGGCCGCUGCCGCCGCGCGCGCCGCCCGCCUUCGGCCAGAUGCGAACACGACUGCAGUUGUAACGUAAUACCCGCGAGAAGCACGUUUACCGAACACGCACCUUAAUAAUUUUAUCAAACUAAAUACAUUGUAUUUUAAUCUAUUAAAUUUUUAAAUUUUUUGUGUGAGAUGUGAUAGUAGCGUAACAUUAUAAAUAAAAUAUGAAAUAGUAAUAUGAGGUACAUUAUCAAACUGGCAAGUUUUCUACUCGAUUCGCUACGCUUUCGGGAUCUCGGGGCCUCGAGCCCUCCCCAGCCCGGAGCGCGACGAGCGGCCGCAGUAUACGUUGCACCGGACGCAGAGCCGCGCCUCUAUAGGGUAUCAUAUUAAGUAAUGUCGCCGACCAAAGUAUGUAAAACCGAGCUCACAGCGUGCACUAAUUAAUAAAUAGUUCGAUGUAAAGCAUGAUAUCUACCGUAACCGUUUAAUUUAUAUUUCUGCCUAGACUGUUUGUGGCUUACUACCGACAGUGCCGGGCGGCUUCGCUCGGCCUCACGCCGCACUCAUCGUUAAGCAGUUGAGCAUUUCUUGUUGAAAUAUUUUAUGUAGCAAUUUAUUUCCUGACGAAAGAUUUUGUAAUCAAAUAAAUGAUGGCUAUUU